UUCCACUAGGAACCCAAGGGAAUAAUAAUAUACUGAAUUCAAUAUAAACAGACAGAUUUGUAUUAUUACGCAGGAAAAUUACACAAACCUAUUUACUUAACAGUGUGUUAAACUCUUUUCUCAACAAAACACGAAGAGAAUUCAUCAAGCAGAGUAUAUAAUAAUAAUAAUAACAAUGAUAGCAAGAGAAAGAGUACAACUCAGAGGGAUAGUAUAUGUUUUAUCAAGGAGAGAGUUAUCACAGGCAAAAAAUUAGUGAACAUUUUUAUAACCUACAAGAUGACAAGAACUGACUGGAUUCCAUGUUAAAUGCACAAAAGUUAUAGACACAUCAGAAAGAUUCUCCAGAUACAUUUUUAUUGAGAACUCUGAGUAUUCCAACCAGACAAUUGUUUAUUUAUUUAUUUUUGAUUAUAGCUUUAUUCCACACCAUAUUUUUUGGUACAGAUAUUGAAUUUUCAGCAUGUGAUAUCGGUAGUCCAAAUUUUGCAGGCCAAUCAUAGAUAUCAGGUGUGCAUCGGCAGGGGAUCGAACCCCUGACCAUGUGCAUGGUCGGUGAGGAUCCUAACCACUGUGCUACCGACGCACAAUCAACAGUUUGCAUACAUAUGUGGCUCAGACUAAUAGUCAAUGGCUUCAUGGAAUGCUGUCAUUUUUCAGUUUGAGACACAUGCUUUAUUCUGAUAGGAAAAAUAACCUCAGUGGUAUAGCCAAACUGAGGAGUAAACCGAUACUAUGAUUUCAUUUUAAAUAUGUAGAACGCACGCAUACACACACACACUAGAUGAAACAGACAACUAUCUACAACUGAGUAUAUUUUGACUACCUUAUUCUGCCGUCUCACGCCUGAGAAAAAUUUUUUUUUCUCAGGCGUGAGGCUAGCAACCCCACCCUGUAAACAAAAAUUGCUACAGAAACUUCAGUAUGUUGAACCUCCUUGCACCAAAAGAAAAAGUCUGUGUAGGAACAUGGAACGUCCGAACUAUGUACGAGACUGGAAAAGCUGCCCAGAUCGCCAACGAGAUGAAAAGAUACGGAAUACAAGUGCUGGGAAUAUGUGAGAGCAGAUGGAAUGGGAGUGGACUCACCAAAUUGUCAACAGGUGAGUCAGUGAUCUACUCCGGUCACCCAGAAGAUAACCACACGCACACCGAGGGCGUGGCUAUCAUGAUGUCACCAACGGCAACGAAAGCCCUGAUACAAUGGGAGGCGAUUUCGUCCAGGAUAAUGACCGCCAGGUUCAACUCCAAAGGAAGGAAAGUGUCAAUCAUACAAUGUUAUGCACCCACAAACAACGCAGACCUCGAGAAGAAAGAAGAAUUCUACAGGCAACUACAGGCAACAAUGGACAAUACUCCAGCUGGCGACAUGAAAAUACUAAUGGGAGACAUGAACGCCAAACUGGGACCAGACAAUACGGGAAGGGAACUCAUCAUGGGUAGAGAAGCUCUAGGAGAAAUGAAUGAAAACGGAGAACUCUUCGCCGACUUCUGCGCCUUCAACGAACUGGUGAUUGGUGGCAGUGUAUACAAGCACAAAGAUAUCCACAAGGCUACAUGGGUGUCACCAGACGGGCAAACCAAAAACCAAAUCGACUUCAUCUCAAUCUCAAGGAAGUGGAGGCGCAGCCUACUGGACACAAAAGCAAGAAGAGGAGCAGACGUUGGCUCAGACCACUAUCUCGUACAAGGGACAAUCCAAAUCAAAUUAAAAGCUUUCAGGGAAUCAGGAGCUGCAGAUAGACCACAAGCCAAGUUCAACACUCAAAAGCUGAAGGACCAGGCUACAAAGGACAUCUUCAUUGCAAGCAUAAAGGACAAAGCCGAGACACAAAUCAACACUAGCGAAGAGGUCGGCGUUGAAAAGCACUGGAACAACUUGAAAACGGUGUGGAGCCAAACCUGCAUAGAAAUUCUAGGCAGAAAAAAGAGACAGGACAAACAGUGGCUCACUACGGACACUUGGAAACUAAUAGAAGAGAGAAGGACAGUGAAGCAAAAGAUUAUCCAGUGCACGGACGAGCAACAAAAACAGGAGCUGAAUGCAAGCUACAAUACACUGAACAAAAGAGUGAAGAAAAGUGCCAGGGAAGACAAAAGAAAAUAUUAUGAAACCAUGGCAAACGAAGCAGAACAAGCUGCAGGCAAAGGAGACCUCGCCACACUCUACCAAACAACUAGGAACCUUUCGGGCAAACGUUCGACACAGAUUAAGCCAAUAAAGGACGACAAUGGAAAGUCAAUCACCAAAGAGGUGGAACAGAGAAAGCACUGGGUUGAACACUUCAAAAGACUUCUAAAUCGUCCGCCACCUACAACACGUCCAGCAAUACCAACAACGGAAGCAGAACUACCAGUGAACACUGACCCCCCGACGAAAUCAGAAGUCCUGAAUGCAAUCAAGAUGCUUAAAACUGGGAAAACACCGGGACCAGAUGGAAUCCCAGCAGAGGCUUUGAAAAUAGACCCAGAGACAACAGCGGACUUGAUGACACCACUACUGGAGAAGGUGUGGAAAGAGGGCAAAGUACCCGAGGAUUGGAAGAACAGUUACUUAUUCAAACUUCCAAAGAAAGGAGACUUAAGUCAAUGUAAAAACUGGCGUGGAAUUAUGCUUCUGUCCAUUCCAAGCAAGAUACUAAGUCGCAUCAUCCUGGAGAGAAUCAAACAAGCCCUAGAUGAAAAACUUCGUCCGGAACAGGCUGGAUUCAGGAGAAACAAAUCAUGUAUUGAUCAAAUCGCCACUCUACGGAUCAUCAUUGAACAAAGCUUGGAAUGGCAGUCACCUCUCUAUCUCAACUUCAUCGACUUUGAAAAGGCCUUCGACAGCGUCGAUCGAGAGGUCAUUUGGAAACUACUUCGCUACUACGGGGUCCCAUCGACAAUUAUACACCUCAUCCAACAGUUAUACGACAAUGCUGCAUGCCAAGUAAUCCACAACGGGAAACUUACGGAAGCCUUCGAAGUGAGGACGGGAGUGAGGCAAGGCUGUCUACUAUCACCAAUGAUCUUCCUGAUUGCAAUUGAUUGGAUAAUGCGACAGACAACGGCAACCAACGAGGGAACAGGCAUAAAAUGGACUGACACAAAAGACUUGGAGGAUCUGGAUUUCGCCGAUGAUAUAUGUCUGAUUUCCCAUAAACUGGAAGAUAUGCAAAUGAAAAGUAACAAGUUGGCAGAAGAAGCAUCAAAGAUAGGACUUCACGUGAACAUAGAUAAAACAGAGAUGAUGAAGAUUCCUUGCCAACAUCAACAGCAACAACAGACCACAAUAAGCAUAAAUGGGAAGAACCUGAAAGAAACAACCUCCUUCACCUACCUGGGAAGCAUCGUCUCAACUACAGGCGGAACUGACGAGGACAUCAAAGCCAGAAUCGGAAAAGCAAGACAAGCUUUCAUUACUCUCAAAUCUGUGUGGAGGUCAACAGCAAUCAGCAUCAAAAAUAAGAUCCGGAUUUUCAACUCCAAUGUGAAGUCAGUGCUACUAUACGGAUCAGAGACUUGGCGAGUCAUAAAGAGCAUCUCAAACAAACUUCAAACCUUCAUUAACAACUGUCUCCGCUCAAUACUCAAGAUCAGAUGGCCAGAAAAGAUCAGCAACAGGGAUCUCUGGGAGCGAACCAAUCAGGAACCGAUUGUGAAACAAAUAGGCAGAAAGAAAUGGAGAUGGAUUGGCCAUACGCUGAGGAAACCAUCAAGUGACAUCACUAGACAAGCCCUCGAGUGGAACCCGAAAGGGAGGCGGCGAGUUGGUCGUCCAAGGGUGACUUGGAGGAGGUCAUGUGAAGAGGAGAUGAAAGCAUGUGGGCAGACCUGGAGCAGGGUGAAAAAGUUGUCAGAAAACCGAAGUCAAUGGAGGUGCGCAGCUGAAGCCCUAUGUUCCUCUAGGAACUAAAGGAUACAAUAAUAUAAUAUUCUGCCGUCGGUCACUCAGUAAGAACAAUUAACGAUGUCUAAUUAAUCAUGCUUAUAAUAGACUGCUAGAAAUUUAGCUGAAAGUGUCGAUUCUUAUAACAGGCAUCUAUCUUCCAAUAAAAAUCAUAAUUUUUCUAUUGAUGGACUAAAGAUUCCUAAGUGAAGAAUGAUAAACAAAUACGGUAAUAAUUAAUCAGUAGACUAGGCAUGCUGAUAAAAUUCAACAAUACUACAUCCAGACUAUCUCUCUAUCCCUGAGAAAUGAUUGGAUAAACAUAGAUUCAGAAAGGUAAAAGCGUAGAUAACGUCUGUUACAUCUAAGCAAUUAGAAUGUUAAUAAUACCAACAAGAUAAUUCAUACAAAUUAUAAGAAAUUGAGAUUUCAUUGUCAUAAAAAAUACGGAAGUAUACUUUUGCACUUAUUGAUACGAUUGCUAACUGUCUGGCAACACAUUAGCUUUUGACGCUUAAACUUUGAAAUACAAUAUUAUUAUGAUUAGGUUGCAACAGAGUUAAAUUCGUACGAGAAAGAUGAAUUCAACCGUUGAAUUAACACUCAAUAGGAAUAAUGCAACAUCCUUUUUCUAAUACGCUAAGUGCUAAACAUCUUCAAUUUAGAUAAAGCAAUAAGAAGACGUAAUUUGUCUGAAUAGUGUAAUGUAUUUGCGCAACACAUUUCGAACAAUCUGAUCACACACGGACUUUCAUAGGAAUAUAUGUGAAGUUAAUAAAGAGUUAAGAGGUGAGAAAAUAGACUUAGGUCAAGUUAAGAGGACAUAUUCAAGGUCAAAAUAACAGUGAAGAUCACUAAGCCAAAUAGGAGAGGUAACAGUACAUCUAUCCUGACUGGUAUCGAAACAAAGUUUACCAAGGAAGGUUUAUUUUGAUGACGAAUUGUUUUUGAACUCAUAAAGGUGGUUUAAAGUUUCUAAUUGCUAGGGCUUCCACAAACUUUAGGAUACGCUCCAAACACGUUUGACAGAUAGGUUUAAAAGAUCCGUUAACGUCAAUUUUAUGUCCUGUUUCUAUAAUAUGUUUCGCGAUAGAAGAGCUAGGUCUCCUGUUCUCACCGUUAAUGGGUUCUGAAGAUUCCAUUUGUUUUUGGAGCCAUUUAGGAAUAUGCUCUGAAGCCCUUACUUGCAGAGAUCGAUGAGUCCUCCCUAUGUAUGCGUCCACACGUACAUUCAAAUUGGUAAAUACUUAACUUGACCUAAGUAUAUUUUCUCACAUGUUACCUCUUUAUUAAUUUCAUGCUUAUUCGUAUGAAAAGUCUGUGUGUGAUCAGAUUGUUCGAAAUAUGUUGCGCAAAUACAUUACACGGUUCAGACAAAUUACGUCUUCUUGAUGCUUCAUCUUUGCGUUGGUGGCAUAGCGGUUAGGACGCU